AUGCCUGUCAAAAGCUGGACCGAUACUGAAAAGCUUACUCUCCUUCGAACCGCCAUCAUGUGUUCCCCAAACUUCAAGCUCGAUGCCAACAAGGUCGCUGAGAUGUGGCCCGGCGAUGAUGACAAUGCGAGACCCAAUGCCCGCAGUGUUCGCGACAACUUUCGCGCCAUCAUGAAGCACGGUGACGAUCUCGAAACCCUUCGCAAAAACAAGCAAGGAGCAGCCGCAAAGGACGAAGACGCCGGCGAAGACGACAAAGUCGACGCUGGCCCUACUGCCUCUGCAUCGUCCACACCAAAGCCUCCACUUUCGACGAACCCUGUCAAUACUCCACGCCUUGGUUUGAACACCAUCGGCAAGCGCUCUACUGCAAAAAAACCAACCACCGGGUCCAAGCGCAAGCGCCGUACCGUGUCGUCCUGUUCCGAUGGUAACACGACAUCGGCAACCGAAACCACCUCCGGCGAUGAGGCCGACAUCACCUCGCCCACCCCACGGGUUCGAAGGGCCUUGCCAGUUCGUAAUAUCCGCCGUACCGCUAGGGCCGCGUCUGAGGACGGGUCUUACGGAACGGGUGCCAAGGACGUAGAUGCGGGUGCGAAGGACCUGGACACCGAGGGGUCCGACGGGGAGUAUGACCUUGCCAAAGAGCGCAAGGAGAAGGCGGAACGCAAGGCGAAGCUUGCGAGGCGGUCUCGCAAGUGA